AUGAAUUGUGAGAAUCGGGGUUGUCGCCCCGGACUCGCCAUGGGUGCGUACAAGUAUAUGCAGGAACUGUACAGAAAGAAACAGAGCGAUGUUAUGCGAUUUCUGCCUCGUGAUAGACCUUCCCGCCCUGACAGGGCGAGGAGACUUGACUAUCGAUGCAAACAAGGUUACAUGAUUUUCCGCAUUCGUGUUCGGUGA